UUGAUGUAUUGACGUUAAUGUAUGUAUCCAGUAAUGAAAAUAUGGGACAAAGCCCAUAUUGAUGUAUUAACGCCAAAAGAAAAAACCGAGUCUCGUACACACGUCAGCAGUGGGGCCCUAUGCCGAGAAUUUUCAUUACAAACUUCUUUGACCGUUUCCACGCGCCACCGCGAGCGACCACGUAUCGACGUCCAUUGACUGUUUGCUUCACAUUACAAGAUUAUUACUUUCGGUUACGAAUAAGAAAACCCUCAAAAACCCAAAAUUCAGAUUAAAGAAAUAGAAAAGAUGAAGGCGGAGACGGUGACGCUGAUCCUGGUGAAUCUUGCCGGAAUAAUGGAGAGAGCCGACGAGUCUCUACUCCCAGGCGUAUACAAAGAGGUCGGUGCAGCUCUCCACACGGAUCCAACCGGGCUCGGUUCGUUGACACUGUUGCGAUCCAUGGUUCAAGCCGUUUGCUAUCCGUUAGCCGCUUACAUGUCCAUCCGACACAACCGAGCUCACGUCAUCGCUCUCGGUGCUUUCCUCUGGUCCGCUGCCACUUUCCUUGUCGCUUUCUCUUCCACUUUCUUCCAGGUGGCAGUAUCGAGAGCUUUGAAUGGGAUUGGUCUUGCAUUAGUGGCUCCGGCGAUUCAGUCACUUGUUGCUGACUCGACGGACGACGCUAACCGUGGAAGUGCUUUUGGGUGGUUGCAACUAACAGCAAACCUCGGUUCGAUCUUAGGCGGGCUCUGCUCUGUUUUGAUAGCUCCGUUGACAUUCAUGGGUGUACCUGGUUGGAGAGUUGCUUUCCAUAUCGUAGGUGUGGUUAGUGUUAUCGUCGGUGUGUUAGUCAGACUCUUCGCGAAUGACCCUCACUUUGUUAAAGAUGGUGUGAACGUGCAACGAGCUUCGAGGAGGACUUUUUGGGAUGAGGUUAAGGAUUUGGUGAAGGAAGGUGGUGCUGUUGUGAAGAUUCGUUCGUUUCAGAUCAUUGUAGCUCAGGGAGUGACAGGUUCGUUCCCUUGGUCGGCUCUAUCUUUUGCGCCUAUGUGGUUGGAGCUUAUGGGGUUCUCGCACGGGAAGACUGCGUUCUUGAUGGGUCUGUUCGUGGCUGCGUCUUCUCUCGGUGGGUUGUUUGGUGGCAAGAUGGGGGAUUAUCUGUCGACGCGUCUUCCUAACUCUGGAAGAAUCAUUCUCGCGCAGAUCAGUUCAGCUUCGGCUAUCCCGCUCGCCGCAAUACUCUUGCUAGUUUUGCCUGAUGAUCCAUCUACUGGUGUGAUCCAUGGUGUGGUGUUGGUCCUAUUGGGUCUGUUUGUUUCUUGGAACGCUCCAGCUACAAACAACCCGAUCUUUGCAGAGAUUGUUCCAGAGAAGUCAAGAACAAGCGUCUACGCCUUAGACAAAUCGUUCGAGUCGAUAUUAUCAUCGUUCGCUCCUCCUGUAGUUGGGAUCCUGGCGCAGCAUGUGUACGGAUACAAACCAAUCCCUCAAGGCUCAUCGAGAUCAGCAGAGAUAGCCACGGAUAGAGAGAACGCGGCGUCGCUCGCGAAAGCUCUUUACACGUCUAUAGGCAUCCCAAUGGCUGCUUGCUGCUUCAUCUACUCCUUUCUCUACCGCACGUAUCCUCUAGACAGAGAACGUGCUCGGAUGGAGGCUUUUAUAGAUUCAGAGAUGCGUGAACUGCUUCCGGAAGAUUCUAAUUUAGAAAGCUAGCAGAUAAGAUAAGAACAUUUACAAUGUUAUGUUCUUUUACAAUGUUAAUAACCAAAUUUAUAUACCAAAUUUUUCAACAACAUAAAGAUUGUGUGAGGUUUAUCUACUCGGUUUUGUGGCGGA